CCCGGGCCCCGAGGAGCAGCGAUGCCGAAGGCCAGUGAUACUUUAUGGGAUCUUGCUAUAGCUGAAGUGGAGAAGAGAGAAAACCCUGACGACGAUGGGAAGCGUGUGGAAGUUUGGGAAAAAUCAGUACUAUUUAUGGGAAACAAAAAUGGGGGAAAGACCACCAUUAUACUGAGGUGUCUUGAGAGGGAAGAGAUUCCGAAGCCAACAUUAGCCUUGGAAUAUACUUUUGGAAGAAGGGCAAGGAGACACAAUGCACCUAAAGAUGUAGCUCAUUUUUGGGAACUAGGUGGUGGAACCUCAUUACUGGAUCUGAUUCGAAUACCAAUCACUAGCAACAACAUAAGGUCAUUUGCUGCAGUUCUUGUACUGGAUUUGUCCAAACCUAACGAACUCUGGACUACUAUGGAGAAACUUCUGCAGGUCACCAGGAACCACGUGAACAAAAUUUUAAGCAAACUAGAAAAGACGAAUGCUGAAGUAGCUACUGAAAUUAAACAGAGGAUGCGGAACAAUUUGCAGAGGGAUCAUCCAGAUUAUGAGUUAGUUGACCCUUUUCCAAUACCCUUGGUGAUAAUUGGAAGCAAAUAUGAUAUUUUUCAUGAGUUUGACUCUGAAAUGAGGAAAAUAAUAAGCAAGACGCUUCGAUUUGUUUCACAUUAUUAUGGAGCAUCAUUAGUGUUUACCAGUAAAUCUGAGGCUCUUUUGCUGAAAGCCCGUGUUCUUAUUAAUCACUUGGCAUUUGGCUAUGAUAAAAGCAAGUCGGUAUCAGUGGAUCACAGCAAACCUCUAUUUAUACCAGCAGGCCUGGAUUCGCUGAGCCAAAUAGGACCACCACCUGCCUCUGAUAGUGAUAUUGGAAAGAUGCGUGCAAACACACCGCUGGAACUGUGGAAAAAAGUAUUUGAGAAAACAUUUCCACCCAAGAAUUUCUGUGAUUUACAAGAUACCAAGGACCCUGCACAGGAUUUACAAUACGCUGAGUAUGAAGUCGAUGUUAUGAGAGCUCAGAAAAACCAGGAACUUGAACAAUACAAAAGGAAUGCCUCUAAAUCCUGGAAAGAAAUGGAUUUUGACUCUGAUUGAUGAACGGCUAUAGGUGUCUUCAGUUUAACGUUUACAAAAUUAUGUAAUCCUUUUAACACUAUACUAACAAUUUAAGCUGAUGCAGUUGAAAAUAUACAAUAUCAAACUAAAAAAAGUAAUAUUUAUUAAGCAUUCCUGUUAUUUUUUUUAAAUAAAAAUAGCUGUUUAUUCAUUCAGUCUAAAUUUCAGUAUAUCUUGGUACUGACACAGAGUUUCAAAGUGGGGAGAAAGGAAUUCUAGAUUAUUCAGAGAGGGGUCUGACUAUGAAAACUGGCAUUAGUCAGUUCUAC